CGAGGAACCUGCGGCGAACAUCGGUUUACGCAGCUGUGCACUGAUUCACCUAAUCGUUGAUGCAAAUGUCCAGCCUGCGUUUUGGAGCGCAGCCGUGACUCUGUAGUUCCCGCCCCUCCGCCUCAGUCCCAGCCUAUUCGAGCAGAUCAUGAGGGCUCGCAUUUGAACUGCUGCAGGCACCCAAAAACUUAACGUUACUAUCACACCGAAGAACACAGGCAGAAAGAGCGGAAAGUCAGAGGAGCAUGGGUUGUCACAACAGCAAAGUUUGUGGCCAGGUCUCCAAGAAAAAGAAGAAAAAUAAAGCACAAGAAGGUGAGAAACACACAAAGGACAUCAAACUGCAAGAUGGAAGUGGUACACACUCAUCUGAGGAGGAGCGCUGUUGUUUGGAGAAUCAGCUGGAGAAUUAUGAGUGGCAGCUAAAGAUCCUACAUGCCGUUUUGACGGCUUCAGGAGACCAAGAGAGAGAGCAACUCCUCAAGGACCAUCCUGGAGACAUCUGCACUUUAGUCCACAGCAUUACAGAGAAGGUGAAGACUGAGAUUAGUGCAGAUCUGAACGAUCUUCAUGAACAACAAAUGAGGAGCGUCUCAGAACAACAUCAGAGUGAGACUGAAGAGCUACAGCGAUUGCACAGCGAGGAGAAGAAUGUUUUAAAUGAGUCUUACGCUGCAGCCGAGGAAGCUCUGAAGGAUCAGAUUGAAGACUUGACGUCAGAGCUGAAGCUGUUCAACGAGUUAAAACGUCGAGCAGAGGCGUCCACGCUCAAGAGAGAUCUUCAGAGGAAUAUUGAGACUCAUGGCAGCCCUGGUGAAUUUUGGGAGCAGGAGCAGGAGAGCCUGUUAUUUGUAAUUGAAAUGAAACGUCAGAAUUUGCAAGACCAGGGGAACAAGCUGCUGCAGAUGGAAGCACUGGUGGAGAAGAAUCUGUCGUUGGAGGAUCAGCUCCUGCAGGCUCUCCAGCAGAACGAGGACUUCAGAGUCCGAAUAGAAAAUUACCAAAGCCUCAUACAACAACUGUCCAAAGAGCAGAAUGACAUGCAGGAGGUGCUGGAGAAACAGUCCCUGCAGAAUCAGAAGCUCAUCCAGGAGAAAGAGGAGCUGCUGUUUAAACUGCUGCACCGCAGAGACUCCUGCUCCGCCUUCCACCUGCCCUCAGUCAUUCCCACACAAGUGUCUCCCAGCUGACUAAAGCCUUAACCCACUGUAUCACUGUAUCCUGACCCGUGCCUUCUGUUUUAAAUGCCAGUUAUUUUGGAGUGUUGUGAACAUGCAGUGAAGCUAAAAAGGACUUACUCAUUGCAUUUAUAAUUUUAACUGGCAAAACUGUAUUUUUGUACAUAACAUUGUAUUUUAAGAGAUGUUGCAUAUCUUUUUUUUUAUUGAGUUUUGAAUUAGCUGUGGAGCUAUUCAUUAGUUGUUAGUGCGAAGGGGGCAGUUUACCCAAAAAUGAACAUUUGAUGCUAAUUUAAUCACUGUCAGGCCAGAUGUCAAUGACUUUAGAUCAUUAAAGAUUUUUAGCUGAAACUUUGGGUUUUUUUUUUUCGGGAUUUGUGAAAUGCAAGUCAGUGGCAAACCACCAUAAAUAUCUGAGGCACUUAAUGAUACAUUGAGGUGUUAUGAAACAAAGAGAUCAGCAUAAUAUACAACAGUUAGUUUUUCAUAAUUUUAUUUAUAAAAUGAUACAAUUACAAGCACUCAUCCACUGUGGAUUAAAGGUAAAUAUGGUUAGCUUCGUAAGAUAUUCAUGUAUCUUUUACAGUUAUAUUUAUCUAUUUAUUUAUUUAUUUUGACUCAAAUCGCCAUAGUUUCAGCUAAAAUCUGCAAUCUUAUCCAAGUGAAAAAAGAUGUCAUUGACAUGUUAAAUGUACCAAUGGUGAGUAAAUUUACCCAUUUCAUGUUUGGGUAACUGCAUUUAAAAGAGAUAGUUCAGCUAAAAAUGUACAAUUCCUCACCAUUUACUCGCACUCAAGUGGCCCUAGACUUAUUAAUUUCCUUUUUUCUGUAAAACACAAAGAUAUUUUGAAGAAUAUUGGAAACUAGUAACCUUUAGUAGGAACGCAAAUUCUGAAAUCUUUUUCCAACAUUCUUCAGUGUCUGUCUUUUGUGUUUUACAAAAGAAAGAAACUCAAGUUUGGAACAAGUAGAGGGGAAUGCACUCAAACAAAUGUGUUUGCUGUUUGUUUAAACUACUUUAAAAUAAACAGAAACAACACAAUUGUAGACUUUUUGGGGGGGACAACUGAAUUAGUUUGUUCAAUCCAUUUAGAUUUGUAAAAUGUUUUAAGUUAACUUAAUUCAUUCAUGUUGUCCCAACACAAAUUGAUUGUGUGCAAACCCUUUUUUACAGUGUAAAUAAAUAAUGAGAGAAUUCAUUUUUGGGUGAACUAUCUAUGUUUUUUUCCAUAUACUACGUAGUAGCAGUUUUUGUCAAAUUUUGAUACCUGUUUUUCAUUUUUUCCCCAUUAUUUUCCCCAUUAUUUUUUCUUUCUUUCUAGGAAACAGUAGAUAAGUAGGUAAUAUUAAAACAGUUGUCUUCUUGCAUCCAAACAUUGGAGCCAGAGCACUUGUCAUGUAGCAUGAUUUAUUUUUUAUUUGUUUUAGAUGCACUUGCACUUUCAUAUCAGUGUUUUUAUUCUGUACAGUGAUGGAUGUUUGGUGACUACCGGUUAUGCUUUUUUUUCUACACUAUGCACACUUUGCCAUAGUUUUUCAGUUUCAAAACCUUCUGCUUUUCAGUUGUUGGUAAAGUAGGGGUAAAAUCCAAUUGUUGUUGGCCCACAUAACCAGUGUGCAUUUAUUUCAAGAAAAUAUUUUGUUACUAAUCCAAUUUUAAAAUAAUACUCUAAAAAUUCUGAACAGUUUCACUGUGAGCCCCCUACAUUUUUAUUUUUUAUUUUUUGAUUGCUUUCUAGUAGCUGUGAUUGAUUUGCUAUUUUAAUAGCAUAACUGGUAAAUCAAUGGCCUUUCUACCAUCCAUAUUUUUCUUUUUUUUUUUUUACUGUUGUGAAUUAUUUUUAAUUUUCUGCCAUUUAUAUACCUCUGAAUCAGUGCCUUUGGUGGAAGAUGUUUCUUAGAAGAAAAACAAGCAAUAAAAGCUGAAUAAGAGGGA